CUUCUCUGGUGGAGACAUGGCGAAAGGCUUCUACAUCAGCAAAGUGGUGGCAAUAGUCUGCGUGGCUGUAGGCAUCGCUGCCGCAGCCACCAUCAUCGCCCUCUCUGUGGUCUACGCUCAGGAGAAGUCAAAGAAUCUGAAUACUGGGACACCUGCAACCACUGAGGCACCCAGCACCAGCCCCAGCCCCAGCCCCAGCCCCAGCCCCAGCCCCACAACACCCUCCACACCCAAGGAACCCUGGCAGCACUACAGGCUUCCAGACUCCCUCGCUCCGACCUCCUACAAUGUGACCCUGUGGCCCCGGCUGACGCCCAACAGCAACAACCUCUACAUCUUCAGCGGACACUCCACGGUGGUGUUCAGAUGUGUGAAGGACACCAACCUGAUCCUCAUCCACUCCAACAAGCUGAACUUCACCAUGUUUAAUGGAUACCACGCCAAGCUGACGGGCCUGAAUGGAGCCCCUGCACCCAGCCUGAAGAACACCUUCCUGGAGGUUCCCACCCAGUUCCUGGUGAUCCAGCUGAGCGACUCUCUGAAGGCCGGCACCUCAUACGAGCUCUUCACAGAGUUUGUAGGAGAGCUAGCAGAUGACCUGGGAGGAUUUUACAGGAGUGAAUACAUUGAAGAUGGAGUGAAAAAAGUUCUGGCCACGACUCAAAUGCAGCCGACAGAUGCGAGGAAAGCCUUCCCCUGCUUCGAUGAGCCGGCCAUGAAAGCUGUCUUCCACAUCACUCUCAUCCACCCCCUCGACACAGUGGCUCUGUCCAACGGCAUGAACCAUGAGCCUAUCAACUUCACUUCGGAGGGACAGACAUUACAACAGACAAACUUUGAACCUACAGAGAUCAUGUCAACCUACCUGCUGGCUUUUGUCGUAUGUGAGUUUGGAUACAUUGGUUCAGAGCCAGGUGCAGAAGUUUUGAUCAGGAUCUGGGCUCGCAGGAAGGCCAUACAGGAGGGCCAGGGAGACUAUGCACUCAAUAAGACUGGCCCCAUACUGUCUUUCUUUGAGAAUUACUACAACUCUUCUUAUCCCCUGAGCAAGUCAGACCAGAUUGCUCUUCCUGACUUCGGUGCAGGAGCCAUGGAGAACUGGGGCCUGAUCACAUACAGGGAGACUUCACUUUUAUACAAUCCUAAAGUGUCAUCAAAUGGAGACAAGGAGUGGGUGGCAACUGUCAUUGCCCAUGAGCUGGCUCAUAUGUGGUUUGGCAACUUGGUGACCACGAGGUGGUGGAAUGACUUGUGGCUGAAUGAGGGCUUUGCCACCUACGUCUCUUAUCUUGGAGCCGACUUUGCUGAACCAGAAUGGAAUAUGAAAGAUUUAAUCGUCCUGAAUGAGAUCAUCGGAGUGAUGGGGGUGGAUGCUUUGGCCUCCUCCCACCCGCUCUCAUCCAAAGAGGAGGACGUCCAGAGGCCAGACCAAAUCAGUCAACUGUUCGACUCCAUUACAUACAGCAAGGGAGCUGCUGUCCUCAGGAUGCUCUCAGAGUUUAUCACUGAGACCGUCUUUUCCCAAGGACUCCAUACAUAUUUAGAGGAGUUCAAGUAUAAAAACACAGUAUACCAAGACCUGUGGAGGCAUCUGGAAAUGGCAGUGAAUAAGGCAGGCAUCAAGCUGCCCUACCCUCUAGAGGACAUCAUGAACCGGUGGAUCCUACAAAUGGGCUUCCCAUUGGUCACCAUCAACACCCAGACUGGUGAAAUCACCCAGGAACACUUUUUGCUGGACCCAGAAUCUGUGGUGGACCGGCCCUCAGAUUUCAAUUACGAGUGGUUUGUUCCUGUUACCUAUAUUAAGACCGGUGGAAGUGAGCAGCAGUUCUGGCUUACUAAUAAACAAGAUACAAUUACAGACGUCGUGGCUCCUGGUGUUAAUGAUUGGUUGGUGGCCAACAUCAAUGUGAAGGGUUUCUACAGAGUCAAUUAUGAUUCUAAAAACUGGGAGAAUCUUAUCAACAAGCUGAACUCCCAACCGAAGGAUAUUCCAGUGAUCAACCGGGCUCAGAUUAUCGAUGAUGCUUUUAACCUUGCCAGGGCAAAGAUAGUGAACGUAACUCUGGCUCUGAGCACGACCAAAUUCCUAAAUAAAGAAGUCGAAUACAUGCCUUGGCAGACAACCAGGAGCAACUUAGAUUACUUCUACCUCAUGUUUGACCGCAGUGAAGUGUAUGGACCCAUGCAGGCUUACAUCAAAAAGCAGGUCACCCCUCUGUUUCAGCACUUUGCAGAUAUCACUGCCAACUGGACAAAGAUCCCUGAAAGCCACACUGACCAGUACAAUCAGAUAAAUGCAAUCUCCUUGGCCUGCAGUACAGGAGUGGAAGGCUGCAGAGAGCUGACUACUAAGUGGUUCAAAGAGUGGAUGACAAACCCUGCAGAGAACAAGAUUAAUGUCAACUUGAAAACCACAGUGUACUGCAAUGCCAUCGCAGCAGGAGGAGUGGAGGAGUGGGACUUUGCAUGGUCCAUGUAUAAGAAUGCUACCAUCGCCUCAGAAGCAGAUAAACUUAUGUUUGCUCUGGCAUGCACUAGACAGCCCUGGCUGCUGAACAGGUAUCUGGAGUAUUGUCUGGAUCCAGAACAAAUCCGUAAACAGGAUGCUACCUCUACCAUUAAUUCCAUUGCUGGUAACGCUGUUGGUCAACCUCUGGCUUGGGACUUUAUCAGAUCCCGGUGGAACCAUAUAUUCAACGACUAUGGUGGUGAAUCAAUGUCUUUUGGAAGAGUGAUUUCUGGAGUGACAGCACGAUUCUCCACCGAGUUUGAUUACCAACAGCUGCUGCAGUUCAAAGAAGACAAUGCAGAUCAGCUGGGCUCAGCAGCCACGUCUAUAGAUCAGGCACUGGAGAGAACCAGGGCCAACAUUAACUGGGUGAACCAGAAUAAGAAUGUGGUGCUUAACUGGUUCAACAGUGAAACUUCUGCAGUUUAACAACCCAAACACUCUUCCCAGUACACAGUUUUCAAAUGCACUGUAAUUUGCUCAUCAAAGCUUUACUCCAACUGAAGACUUCUAAACUUGUAUGUAUUUUCUGAUUGUAAUGGAGAUUUUUUUAAUGUAAAGUUUUGAUAAAAUGUUUUUGUGGUUAAAGAUUAUUUGAUAUCAGUUUUAUAUGUGGAAAAUGUGUUGUAAGCUACAUGAACUGAAUGAAAAUCAAGAUUUUCACACAACAGGAAAUGUGAAGUUGCGUGCUCACCGAUAUUUUUACAUCCUCUGUGAAUGCAAAUGUAUAAAAUAAAAGUUUUAAAUAGUGAAAAUCCUAA